AUGCUGAUCGUAAGUUUGGACGAGAAGCAAGUCGAGAUCACCCCUAUCGAAUAUGAUGCCGAUUGCCCCUUCAAGUACAACAAUUUUGUUUAUCGGGCUGCCUUGACUUCACCAACAAUAGCCAAUAGUGGUGCCAGUAAUGAGACAAAGCAGCAGCCUGGGUGUGCCAUGAUUCCAGAAGGCGUAACGCAAUUUAUUGUGCGACUCCCCAAUCCUGAUGCCGAGGGCAUGAACACAAGCAAUCGCGUCGAAAAUGAAGUAGCCAUCAUUAGCCUCGCCUCCGCCGCUCUAGCUCAUUUAGAGCAGAAAGUGGUGCCUUCUGUGUACGGUUGGGGCAGCGCUGCUGGAGCGUCUCCCCAAGGCUGGAUUCUUCAAGAACUUAUGCCUGGAACUCCUGUCGAUGCUGGGUUUCGCACGAUGGAUCUUCAGCAGAAGAAGGCUAUAUUUGCGCAAAUGGCCGAGAUCCUAGAUGCGUUGCAAAAAUAUCAACUUCCCCAGACCAUCACAGGUUUUGGAGGCCUGACAUUUGAUCAGUCAGGCAACACAGUGAGCGCCACCAUGACUAGCGUUGAUGCUGGGCCGUGGCCUUCAUAUGAAGCUUCUUUUCAAGGCCGUCUUAAGGUAGCUAUCGCAGAAGCUGAUAAAAGCCCGAUUAUUCGAGGAUGGCGUAACAAUGGGGUUAGGGAGCGGAUCGAUGCCUUUGUGGAAAGUGGUCUCCCCGCGCAGUUUCUAUCGCUAGCCUCAAAACAAGAUAAAUGCGUUGUACAUGCUGACUUUACUACGAACAACAUGCUCUACGAUCCCAAGUCUCAACGAAUCACUGCGCUUCUUGAUUAUGACUUCGCUUGCAUCUCUCAUCCAUCCUACGAAUUCUUCCGUUCCUUCAACGGCUGUGGUGGACAGUUUGGAGGCUGGCCUGGUGACGAAGACAACGACCUGCUAGCACUGCAGGAUUACAAGCUUCAUGGCUUCCCAUCGCCACUACCGCUAUCAUCUAAUACGGACGGGGUGAAAUGGGAGGACAUGAAGGCAUGGGAGGAUGAGCUGGAAAGGGUUCAAGUGCAGCGCCCAAGAACCACCCAGGGGAUUGAGAAGGCCGCCGAUGUUGAUGCAGUCCUUCAAAUGAUUAUCCCAUGGCGUAUCACCAAUCCAGACAUCUUGCGACUCCAGCCGGAAGAAUCCACGAUGAAGUGCAGGGAUGAAAAUGAAGAGCAGCUGGUGAAAAUGCUCGACCACCUUGGAUUCUGA